AUGGCUUCAAUUUCCCUCCCCCCGCAGCACCGGUCGGGGUUUUCGCAACAUUUCGACUCGCCUCCUUCGCCGAACCCUGAUCAUAAUCGUCGCCUGACAAUGCCAGCCCCGUUGCCGAACCCGCCAUUUGUGUUUCCUGCUCGCGAUCCAGAGGCCCCCGAGCCGCAGCCGGAGACAACCAAGCGUCGAACGCCGCCCGCUCUUCCGGCAUUCUCGUUCAAUCCCGGUGCAGGUUCAUCUUUACAGCCUCCGACAGCCCCCAUUCCUCGACCGGGUGGGCACAGACGGCGCCACAGUGAGUUCGUCGGGGGCGAUCAACUAGUAGCUCCAGGGGCCGGAGAACCCGCGGAUAAACGGGAAGAACCAACAACGCCGACACAGCCCAGUGCUCCCUCUGGACCUCCACCGGGAAGAGGGCCAGGACGACGACACCAUGCUCAUCGCCGCUCGGCCGCAAUCUCCGGAGUCGACCUGAAUGCGAUCAACAAGGCCCUCACCACUCCAGCGGCGAGUGCUCCCACUACCCCUGGAGACCGGACAUUCGACGACAAUUCUUCUCGGCCAAUUUCCUAUUCAGCCACGAGUCUCGGUCGUCCUACACCACCGGCAUCGCCUCGGUUUCCCCGGUGCCUCCGGUCCCGCCUAUUCCGACUGCGAUUCAUAUCGAGCCCGCCCCAAGCAGUGACAAUGGCGAUAUCGGACGCCCCACCUCAGCAGUGUCUCAAGUUUGGCCAGUACGAUCAACACGAGCUUCCUGUCCCCGUCGCACGGGCGACGCCGCCCAGUCACAGGUCAAAGCCACGGCCGAAAACUGCCGAUGCGUCUUUAGCCUUUGAUAUAUUCCAGAGCAAGGAUGUUCCCCAGGUGCCUAGCGUUAAGCGGUCGAAGUCGACGGGUCACUCUCGUUCGAAGAAGAGUAGGUCAACAGGGAAUCUGGAUGCCACCCUUGCCAUCCACGCUAGCGACGAUGCCCAUUCGACAGAUACAUCUCGCCCUUCCUACUCGGAUGAUGGCUCUGAAAUGAGUGACACCGAUAAUGAGACAGAUGCUUGUCCUUCUAAAAAGUCACGGUCGAAGCAUACGAAGAAGCAGAAGCGUAUUCGGUCGUGGGCUGGUGGUAUUCUGGCCCGCGGCAAGGGUAAGCGCCAUGGCAAAGGAGAGACUGAAGAGAAGCAUGAAAAGCAUGAAAAGCACGAAAAGCGUGAAAAGCAUGACAAGCAUGAGAAGAAGGCAAAGCCUGCCGCAUUGACUCCGCCAACUCUUACACGCACCAAUUCCGAGGUUGGAUCGGUACUGGAGGUCGACUUUGAUAAUGACGACGUCGUUGUUCUUCGCACGCCUACAAAUACCGAUGCACCCGUUUCCGCUACCGAGCGUGCUAAAGACGAAUCACCUAUGCCGGCACCUUCUCUGGAAACUUCGUGGAAACCUCGAAGUUUCUAUGAGCAGAAUGUCCAAGGGCAAGAUGAUGUUUUGAGUAGUCCGAUCAUCGACUUGGACGCAGCGCUUGGUCCGUUUAAUACUCCCGGUGACAAUCGGCAGUCCCGAAACACCCCCAGCAAGUUCUACCUUGCCACUCAGCGCAUGUAUAGUGGUGGACGACGGGGUGAAUUCGUUGGCCCAGAGAUGCGAUAUCAUCGUCGUACGGAGAGUGCUCCGGUUAUGCCUCCAUUUGACCGAAGUGCCCUUAGUGCCAUUCGUUUGACCGGCACCUCGGCAAUGGAGACUCCUGAUGUCUUCUAUGAAGAGGACGAGGAUGCGUUCCUCGCUGCAAAUCAGUCUCCCAGGAACGAACUUGCUUCAUCAGCUCCCGUGGAGAGUGCCAUUGCUAUCCAGUCGUCCUCUUCUGACGAGGACGAGACGUCAGUCAAGAGUGAAGAUACUACGGAUACGUUGACCAAGGCACCGGAGCCUAGCUCUCCAAAGCCUACAGGUCUUGGAAUCCAGGCAGAUGAGGAAUCUACGAUCCAAAAAGAGGCACCGGCCGUGUCUGACGAGCGUGCUGCUGUCGACGCCAUGCGAACCACUCGCAAUCCGUUUGCAGGCCCGCCCCGAAGCCCCGUGGAAAUCUUAAAGUCGGAAGAAAAUGUGUCCAAAGUCCUGGGCCCGCCUAGCCCUGACGUCUCUCCACGCUUCCUGGCUAUCGACAAGCGACCAGCGACAUCACCUCAAGAGCUCAUACCGGGAAUUCCUCCGUUCUCGCUGUCUGCAGGUGUCUCACCCUCAGAUUCCUCCUCCCCAUCGCCUGAUGCUCCCCGGUUCAACGACCGCACUUUCUCGUCCCACUCUUACCAACAUCUUCCAUCAGACUAUCCUUAUGCCUCGGUUGAGGAUGUUCCGUCUCUCACGAGCAGCGCAUCAACCAUGACUGGUACUAUGCACCGCUUUUCUGCCACAUUCUUCCCCCGUGCUCGCCUAUCCACCGAUCGAGCUGCAUCCUUUUCAGCCGCCGUCAACCGCCGGAGCAGCCAAGCUAAUGCGUCCAAGCGCUCUAGCCUGGCAAGCUUGUCCAAACUCGUCGGUGGGCCUCAUUCAGAGCGCAGCAAACUUUAUCAAGAGGAGAAGCCUCCUGGAGACGCGCCGGAAAAGUCCAAAAAGAAGCGUCAUCUCACUCGCUUGAUGCAUUUUUGGAAGGUGAAGGACAAGGAGAAGCAUGCAGAGCCGACCGUGUCAUCCAACACGUCCAUACAAGAGUAG